AGUGGAAUAUUCAGUUACAUUUUAGGUCUUGCGUUAUUAAACAAAAUACCCCAAAAGCAAGAAAUGAGAAUGACGAGAAACGACGUUGCAGAUGUUCCACGCAAAGUGUACGGAAAUCUAUCAAAACGGAAAAAUAUCAGAAAAGUUACGACUAAUUUUUAUAUCUUUGCCUUGGGAUGUUUACUUCUCCAAGGCACAAUCAUGUCAGUUAGCAGUCUACAGAGCAGCAUAAAUAUUAAAAAGAACAUUGGCACAAAGACUUUGGGAACUUCUAAAUUGACUUCAACUUUAGCUGGACUGUUCUGCACCCCACUGAUCAUACGAAAGAUUGGCUACAAAUGGUCUCUAGUUUUAGGAGAAACUGCAGCAAUUCUUUACGUCGCUGGAAAUUUUUAUCCAGCACCAUAUAUUAUGAUCCCGGUUGGAAUUUUGGAAGGAAUAGGAAGCUCCCUGGUUUGGACAACAAUGCCAAUAUAUAACAUUGUAUUUGGUCAAAUGCAUGGAUUAUACGGAAGUAAAGAAUCCGAUGAUUAUGAAAGAAAAUAUACGGGACAAUUCUUUGCUAUCCUACGAUCUGGGAGGAUAUUUACCAGCAUUCUCAGUUACGCAAUAUUAUACAGUACAAGGAGCGAUAUAGAAAACACAACAACAAACUCUACAGUAGGUCUAUUCAACGGUACUACCAUGAUGAAUAACUACGAACACUGUGGAGCGAACGACUGCCAAAAUCCUAACGUUACUAAAAAAUUUCUCAACAACUACGUCCCUCCUAAUCCAAUUUCUGUUUAUAGUCUUAUGGGAGCAUUUAUUCUGGUAGCGCUUUGUGCUAUUGGUUUGCACGCGAAGUUUUUAGUAAAUUCAGAAAUAAAAAAUGUCAUAAAACCAACAAAAAUUGGUGGAAGCGAAGACGUUUCCAUUGACAAAACAACAAAAAAAAUAGACGUUUCCGUAUUGGCGACUUUGAAGGCGACCAUGAAGCAUACAAUCUCUUUAAAGCAAAUUUUGCUAUUCCCAAUGUUGCUGCAUUAUGGAUUAUUCUUGGCAUUCGUUUACUCAGAAAUGAACAGAGCUUUUUCAUCGUGCAUAUUGGGAGUAGAAAUGGUUGGACCUGUAUUGGUAUUGUAUGAUGUUUUUCACAUUGGAGCAUCGCUUUUGAUUGGCAAAAUCAUAGGAUUUUUUGGCAAGAACGCAACCGUAGCAACCAUUGCUACAUUGACAUUGGCCAACUAUUUGCUCUGUGAAUUUUGGAAACCUACUACCAGCACUACAUUCCUUGUCUACUUUUUAUCUGUAGGAUUUGGAGUGACUGACGCACUAUGGAAAAAUUCCACAGUAGCUAUCGUUGCACAAUAUUUCCCAGAAAAUCGCGAGAUUUCUUUCAGUGUGCGGAAUGUUUGCAUUACAAUUGGUAUAACAAUUGGAUAUUUCUGGAGUCCAUUUCUAUGCGUAGGUUCAAAAAUCUACAUUCACAUUGCCUUGCUCGUAAUUUCGGUUCUGACUUAUGGUGUUGCUGAGUUCCAUCUGUAUCGUAAGAAUGAUACACCGACAAUUGGUAGACAAAAAUGAGAAUAUAUGAUCGAUGACGAAUUGCACAUCAAGCAAAUGAUUAUUUCAAUUGAAACAAAUUUUAUUAUAGCAGCAAUAUAGCCUAGUUUACUCCAGAUUAAGGUUUCGGAGGUGGCUAAAAAAAUUCGUAACCGUUAGUUCGAGCCAAAAUUUCUUUCGGACCGGAGACAGAUUUUAUUGUAAAUUUGCUCCGACACUGAUAAAAUUACAAGAAUCUGGAUGAUUUAGCUCAGGGGUGGGCAAUUACUUUCCGAAGUGGGCCACUUACAGAUAAUAGACUUAGUUACUGGGCUGUGGGUUCAAAACUCAAUAUGAAACUAUGAAUGAAAAACAGUUCAUUCACAAAUAACUUGCGUCGAUAACAAUCUCCUGUCUGCCCCGAUCCAUUAAUGUAAAGCUAUAGGUAUUUCUUACAAUAGAAAUUUAUUUCCAUAAAAACAAACUAUAUAUAACCGUAAUUUCAGCAAGUACAGGUGGGCCGUAAGACGUGAAACUUGUAAAAAUGUUAAAAAAAGCAUAAUUUCGCAUUUUUUUAUCAAUUUAUAUUACCGGAGAAAUAAUAGACCUAUGGAAGCGUCGAAGUUUAAGACAAAAUUUCCGUUGCACUACUUUUUAAGAAUGGACUUGGAUGGUUUUGUUGAUUUUAUCAUGACUUUUAAAUUUGGAUUAAAAAAUAUCUUACAAAAUGUAUUGUUGAAAACGGUUAGCUUGAUUAUUCUUAUAAAAUGUUUGUUUUAUUCAAAUUUUUGUAUAUUUAUAGGCAGAUUGAAAACUGAACUGCGUAGUCACAUUGAUAUACCCGGCAAUGGUUGUCUUUGACUUAUAGGAUUCCCUUUAAUUUUAAAUUUGUUUAUUCGAAUACACAAUUAAUGCUUUAUAUAACUUUUUUUUUUACAAAGUAUUAGAUUAGAAGAAAUUAUAUAUUGC